GCUACUGGACCCAGAUCUUGCUGUUCAUGAGACUGUUGUUCUGUCCCAAUUCUUUUUUUAAAAAAUCUGUUAUGUUAGCAUCUGCAAGGACCCCAGAGCAGUUCGCAGGAAAACGGGCUGUUUGUGGUUUGAACAGGAAUGGAGGAUGAAGCUGUGUGGAAACCAAAAAAGGCCUAGGAUUAGUGCUGGAAUGGAGGAAAACCUCCCAGUGGAAGUGCCGUCUGCCUCCGUGUCCCCUAUAGACCUGCCACAGAGCACAGGGGCUGCUUAAGGCUCAAUCCCAGGGAGGGGGGCAGCCGCAGCUGCGGAGCUCAGUCCCUCGAGCUGCGCCUUGAACAUCAAGUUGAUCUACAGCAAAUACCAGCUGCUGGGACUUACCUCCAUGCCAGGAAAAGUUCCGCCUGCCCCUUUCCAUGCAUUAAGCCUUUGGCAAUGGGGCAGGGUGUAUUUCUCCAGGCCUGCGGGUAACCCUCCCUGUCGUUUGCACUUUGGACGUAAAUAUUUCCCAUAGGUUGUGCAAGAAUGGAAAGGAAAAAAGAGCUCUUGGUCCAUUAUCCCCCUCCCCUAAAAACAGUCGGGGAGGAGAGGAGAGCGCAGCGGUCGGGCUUUGUUCCAGAUGGGUCUACUUCACUGUCUCUUGCUCUGGGGGGCAGCUGCCCUCCUCCUCCUGGCAGGCGGCUCUGGCUCCUCCUCGCACUCGCUACAGGACUUCUUCACGUUUGUGACAGAACCCAGCCCUGGGCUGCCCUGGUUCACUUUUCUGAAAUAUGUGGACGACCAGCCAUUUGUUCACUAUGACAGCAAUGUGAAGAAGCUCUUGCCUGUAGCACCCUGGGCGAAGAAGGUCAAGCAGGCUGAGCCCCACUUCUGGGAGAACUGGACCCAGAGGAUAGAGUUCUCUGCCAGCUUUCACAACACUACCUUUGUGGACCUCAGGGACCUCUACAACCACAGUGAAGGUUUCCACACCAUGCAAAUGAAUUUUGGCUGCAGCUUGAGCGAGGAUGGGCAGAAAGGGUGGAAUAUCCUGUAUGGCUACGACGGGAGAGAUUACCUGAGUCUCGACAGGGAAACACUCAACUGGACAGCAGGGGACAAGACGGCCGAAGUCACCAAGAGGCAGUUGGAGACGACACCAUUUAUCGCCGAGAAUAUAAAUGCCAGCAUGGAACAGGAAUGCAUCCGAUCGCUGCAGAAAUUUGUGGAGUAUGGGAAGGAGAGCCUGCACAGGACAGAACCCCCUGUGGUGAAGGUGGCAUGGAAAACGGGUGGUGACAGCCCGGAAACUCUUGUCUGCAGGGUCCACGGCUUCUACCCGAAGGAGAUUGACGUCAUUUGGAAGAAAGAUGGAGUGUACCACCUGCCGGACGCCCUUUCAGGGGGUAUUCUCCCCAACUCGGAUGGGACUUAUUAUACCUGGCUCAGUACUGAAAUCGAGUCCAAGGACAGGGACCGCUACCAGUGCCAGGUGGAACACAGUGGACUUCUGGAGCCCCUGGACAUAACCUGGAAUGAUUCUGAACAGCCCAGGAAUCGAAUAGCCACACCUAUCCUGACCAAGAGGUUCAAAGCUUUAGAGGCGUCCUUCGAAAAGGCCAUCCGGAAGAGUGAGGAACGGAUCCUGCAAAGGCUGGAAGAGAUGGAGCAAAGGAUAACUCGUCUCAUCAAAUGCCACUGAAGAUGGAGAUGGAUGGAAACGGCAAGGAAGGAGGAGGAGUCAGACCCGUUACAGAAGGACAAAAAGUGGCUGGCUGCCUCAUCAGUUGUGCUUGAGGGGAAAAUAUAAUUCCAGUUUGAGCAAAGAUCCAUAGCAGGUCGUUUGUUUUUCCGCCCCGUUCCUGACAAGCCAGACGACCUCCAGUUACCCGAGUCACAGAAAGACCUGCCGGCUGCUUCGUGUUGUUUCUCAUUGCAGAGCCUUUUCUCACUUAUCUUUUGUUUUACCAGAUGUCAUCUCACUGUUUCACAUUUGUCUUUAAAAAUGCACAGAAAAUAUCUCUCAAUAACAACAACAACAACAACAUUCAGUUUAUAUACCGCCCUUCAGGACAACUUAACGCCCUCUCAGGUAGCUUAGAGGAUCAGAGUGGAAUAGCAAGAUUUGAGUCCCAGCAGCACCUUAGAGACCCUCAAGGUUUUUCAGAGUAGGAGCUUUCAAGAGUCAAAGCUCCUUUCUUAGACAGAGGGAGAAGUGGAGAUCCUUGAGCCUUUAUAUCCCAGUCAGGAGGUGGGAGGGGUGAAGCAAGGAAGACAUCAGGAUGCAAAGGUACAAUAAGGUUGAAUAGAGCAGAAUAUAGCAUCUGUAGUGAAUCCAGUUAGUUUCUGUUCAGACUCGGGGUGGAGGGGCAGGGUCCAUCAUUCUGAACUUGUGAAUGAACUCAAUGCCAGCCAUCUCACAUUGCAAUCUCCCCUUGAAGUUUCUCUGUUUGAGGACAGCCACUUUUAGGUCAGCAAUGGAAUGUCCUGGAAGAUUAAAAUGUUCUCCCACUUGUUA